AUGACUGCUGACGCAAACCGUGCCGAGUCCUUGGUAUGUAUGGACAAAGCCAGAGAAGCUCUCAGAAAUGGGGAUACAGAAAAGGCUAAGCGUAUGCUUGGCAAGGCCAAAAAGCUAGACCCUAGCCAGGAUAUUGAAUUCCUCUGGAAGAAAGCGGACUCAAUGGGCGCGAAUAGUGAAUCUUCAUCGCGUGACUCAGAAGAACGUAGUUAUGCUCACGACGAUCACUACGAGGAGCCCAACCUUCGAAGUCGACGAACACAGAAGUCUGCUCCUAGAACAGGUGCUUUCACUUCUGAUAGCAAAAUAAACGGGAAUGUUGGCGAAUCUAGUAAAGCGCGGACAGCAAAGUCACGAUCAUCAUCGCGUACCCCAAAAUUAGGUGUCGAUUACACAAAAGAGCAAGCUGACCUUGUUGAACGAAUCCGGCAUUGUAAAGACUACUAUGAAAUACUCAAUGUGUCAAAAACGGCAUCUGAUGCAGAAAUAAAGAAGGAGUAUAGAAGAAUGGCCCUACAACUUCACCCAGAUAAAUGUAGAGCACCGCAUUCGACUGAGGCAUUUAAAGCUUUGGGGAAUGCAUACGCAGUAUUGUCCAACGAAGAGAAGCGAAAACAAUAUGAUAUGUAUGGCACAUCUGACAAUGUGAAUAAUGUAAGCAGAGGACCGAGAGGGGACUUCUUCGAGUACGAUUACGCUCACGGGUUUGAUGCUGAUUUCUCACCAGAAGAGAUAUUUAAUAUGUUCUUUGGUGGCGGGUUCCCCUCGGAGUCGGUGAGGAGAGGACGACAUUUCCAUCAUACAUCUCACACUCACAGCACUCGCAAUCAAAAUGAAAGUCCCUACACACCCUUGUUACAACUUCUUCCUUUAAUUGCGAUCCUCGUUUUGGGUCUUCUUGCUCAGCUGAUGGUUGGCGAUCCAGCCUAUUCUUUACAUCACACGAGCAAAUACCCUGUCAAACGGCUGACUCAAAGUGAUUUGAAGGUGCCCUAUUUUGUGCGUAGCGACUUUGAGCAAGCAUAUCGUGGAAGAAUCCACCAGGUAGUGAUCGAAGCACAAGUUGAGGACGAAUACAUCCAGGGGUUACGGAUGAACUGUUAUAAGGAACAGAAUCAACGUGAAACCUUAAUGUAUCGUGCUCGAUGGCAGCGUGACGAAGAUCUGUUGAGACGAGCGAAUCAAAUGCCAAUGCCUCAUUGUGAUCGUCUCAAAGAAAUAUACAGUCACUAG